AUGACUUCGAAGAACUUCGCGGCCCUUGCGGCUCUAGCGACGGUUGUAGCCGCACACGGCAAUAUCACUUCACCACCCGCGCGAACGCCCGGCCCAGCAAUGGCAGCGGCUUGUGGCCAACCCGCUGUUGAUUCCGCAUUGUCAGACGGGACGACGCCACUGGAAGACAUAGAUAUGUCUGCCGCCACCGCAAGCUGCCAACUCAGCCUGUGCCGCGGCGCCACCUUCGAAGACAACCGCGCGAACGUGCAAACGUACAGCGCCGGACAGACGAUCCGCAUGCUUGCUCAGCUGCCGAUUCCGCACGAGGGCCCGAUGAAUGUGUCCAUCGUCGACACAAGCACAAACACCGUGAUUGGAGAGCCGCUGAUCGAAUUCGCGAGCUAUGCGGACGAAAAUCUGCCCGCGCUGCCGGCAAACAAUACGGACUUCAGCGUCACGAUGCCGCAGCUGGCGGACGGACAGUGCGCCCAGGCCGGGCAGUGCACGAUACAGUGGUUUUGGUUCGGGACGAAGGCCCAGCAGACGUACGAGAGCUGCGUGGAUUUCGUGAUGGCCUCGGCGAAUGCAAGCGCGAUGACCUCGGCGGCAACUUCUGCCACGGGGUCGGCGGUGCCGGCAGCCGACGCCAGUUCUGGCACCGCGAGCGGGUUCUCGUUUGUGUAUCGGGCAAGGCGAUUUAGAGUAUAG